AUGUCUGGCCCAGCAGAUAGCCUCACGCAGCUCCAAGACUGCAUGGACACGAUGCUGACCAUGAUGUACGCCAACUUGAAGUACAUUCAGGACAAAGCGCCGUACAGCGAGAUCGAGCGUCAGCCUAGCCAGGCACCACAGAGCGCGAUCACCAACGGCGAGACUGCUACCAAUGGCGAUGGUGCGGCGGCGGCACAGAACGGCAACAAUGAGGCAGGCACGCCAGUUCCCGAGGCGCCAGACAAAUUCAAGCACGAGCUGGAAGACCGAGCCAAGGAUCUAGUCCUGCAGCAGAAGGCCAUGGAGUACAUAAUUGAGAGGCUGCCUGGAUUGGGAAACAGCGAGGCUGAGCAAGAGAAACGGAUGCGGGAGCUGGAGUCAGAGCUACGUCAAGUUGAAGAAGAGCGCGCGCGGAAAGAGGUUGAGAAAGAGGCUAUGGUGGACCUUUUGGGAGAAGCCAUCGGUAACGUAAAGAGAAUACCGUGA